AUGUUAAGCUUUCGAGGGAACAGUAAAUAUCAGAAUUAUUCCACAAGGGAUCGCUUGGAAAAUGAACAACAGCGCCUUGACGCUGCUCCAGCUUUCACGAUGCAUCCGCAUUCGACAUUUCGCAUCAUUUGGGACAUCGGGACUGUGAUCAUUUUACUCGUGAACGUGAUCUUCAUUCCUUAUCAAAUCGCGUUCUGCACGAGGCCGGAGCAACGGCGCGCGUACAUUCAUCUCUUCGCUUUUUCCGACUUUUGGUUUUUGAUCGAUAUUCUCUUCAACUUUAAAACAGGAUUCCUGAAAGAAACAGCAAUAGAAACAGAAGUCGUCUUCGACCCCGACGAAAUCCGCGAAAAAUACAUCAAAGGCUGGUUCAUCAUCGAUUUCAUCUCGUCCGUGCCUUGGGAUAUUUGCCUGGGCCUGCUGCUUGGCACUGAAAAUGACUCGAAGAUCUUCCUGAAGAUUUUGAGAAUGGUGAAGCUUCUCAAACUCAUGCGGCUCUCCAGAUUAACGAAGACGCUCAACCAGUGGGAAGACGUUCUCAGCUUUCAAUACGGAAUUACAAUCAACGGAACGGUGGUGAAGUUCUUCAAGCUGAUUUCGUACAUUCUCCUUUUCAUCCACAUCAACGCUGUGAUCCUCUUCCUUGUUCCCUCAAUGAUGGAUUUUCCCGCGCGAGAAUAUGACAAUACUCCGCUAGAAAAUGUUCUUGGACCUUCUUGGCCGUAUUUGAGAAAGUUGGAAAACGAAGAGCCAUUCAUUCAAUACAGUUGGUCAUUUUUCAAAGCCGCAUCAAACAUGAUGGUCAUUGGAUAUGGUCGAAGCUUUCCUCUGUGUUUGGUAGACAUGGGGAUCGUCAUGUGGUCCAUGUUCUCCGGCUGCUUGGUCUUUGCCAUCGCCAUUGCCGAGAUUACAUCCUUAAUCCAUGCGUUGAACACCUCCAGCUCCCAGUACAAGGAAAAAAUGACUGAAAUGGACGAAUACAUGAAUUUCUGCAAAGUCCCAAUCGACCUUCGAAAUCGCGUGCGAGACUACUACGAGGUUCGCUUCAAGGGAAAAAUGUUCAACGAAACCGACAUUCUCAACGAGUUGAAUCCGCUUCUUCGCGAAAAGAUCGUCAACUUCAACUGCCGGGCGCUGAUUAAAUCCGUCGAGUUUUUGGCGACUGCUGAUCCGGAAUUCGUGGCCGAGCUGAUCAGUCGACUGCAGUUUGAAGUUUACUUGCCAGGAGAUGAGAUAAUUACGGAAGGAGAAAAGGGCACUCAUAUGUACUUCAUCAGCCAAGGAUCCGUGCAAGUGAAGACGAAAAAGACUGGCAAGCCGAUCAUCCUCUCGGAAGGCGAUCAUUUUGGCGAAAUCUGUCUUUUCGCUCCUAAUUUGCGUCGAACUGCAUCAAUCGUCGGCCAACACACCGUGCAUGUUUACACCCUUUCCUCAUCCGACUUCAACGACGCCCUAAAAUGGUAUCCCGGAGAAAAGAUCGAAAUCCAAAAAGUGGCGAUUGAACGAAUGGACAUGUUGCUCAACGAAAUGAAGCGAAAAAUGGACGGACCUCAAGGCCGAACCUCGCUAAGCGCCGAAGUCAUUUCCGACCUUCAAAAGUACCGAAACGUCCUCCAGGAGCAGAAUCGACAAGCGCGGGCUAGCCAAUCUGAGUUUGCUCAAAAUCGCAAGUCGAAGAACAAAAGCAGCACUGCGAAAUCGUUGCUCAGGCAGAUGAACGACAACGAAUCCAUCAACGUGAACGUUCUGGCAGAACUGACGAAGCCGAAGGCGCAAGAAAUUUCAACGUUUCAAUUCAAUGAAGGAUACGAAGAUCAACCAUCGUCCAGUGAUGAAGAAAACUAA